GACUUAUUUUUUACAUACUAUCUCUUAUAUUCAAUUAUACCGCGCCAUUUUUUACGGAAGCCCUGGAGGGACAUUUAUUAUUCAAAAUUUUUUACGUAUUACUUAUUACUCCAGGGCUUCCGUAUUUCAUGCACAUCAACUCGUCGUUAAAAUUCCUGUUCAUGAUCUAUCAUGAAAUUUCAGAGAUAUUUUCAGCAAGUUGGAUGUAAAUUAAAAAUGAAAUGGAAACUAUGUUUGAAGAAAUUUCCAGAUGUGUCAUUACAAAUCGAUAUCGUUAUCAUAGUGACGACUCUUGUUGUUUGUGGACUUUUACUUGGAGAUACAUUCUAUGAUCAUUCUGCGUCAACUGAAAUAAAUCCAGUAGGAAAAUAUGAACUGAAUGAUGGAUUCAAGUAUCUUCCAAAGACAUGUGACAAACUUUUCGCCCCAAGCUUUAACGAGAAUUUGCAAGUAAUAAAAAAUUACCCAAGAGGAGAUGCCGACCGUUAUCUUUCGAAAAUUGGCGGAAACAAAACCCGACCAGACAAAAUGGCGUCAUUUCCGGUGUUUGUUACAGCAAUGGAUUUCCGGUACUAUCCAUAUAGUCAAGGAAUGUUUUCCUCAUUACACUCUGUACUAGAAGCUGAUAAGAAUAAGGGGAAAAGUCGUCUGAUUGUGUAUGAUUUAGGCUUGUCCGAGCGUCAAUUAAAAGUGUUACGUCAAAAGUGUAAAUGUGAAAUUAGACGGUUUCCAUUUGAAAUAUUCCCGCCACAUGUACGCAAACUGAAAACCUAUGCCUUUAAACCAUUAAUAGUCCAGAUGACACUUUUGGAGUUUGGUUUCGUUUGGUGGAUUGACAUUUCAGUAAAACUGAUAAAUAUCAAUUUAGACGGUGCAAUAAACUAUGCCAAAAAUAAUAGUAUGCUGUUCUUUGUGGAAAGAUCUUAUCCCAGAAGACUUAGCAUAGCGAAGCAGACAGACAUUCGAACGUUCAAUUAUUUAGCAGAAGACAUAUGUAAAUAUAGAUCAUUUGGAGAAGUUUGGGCAACAACAGUUGUGUUUCAUUAUGAUCAUAUAACAAAAGCUGUGGUGAACGCAUGGGCGUCGUGCGCUUUGAAUGAAGCUUGCAUUGCGCCGGUAGGGGAGGACAAACUUAACUGUGAUUUCCUUGAUAUAAGCGACGGGAGAUGUCAUCGAUUUGACCAAUCAGUAUUAGGGAUAAUAUUUCGUCGCUUGUAUCACGAGCAAAAUGAAUAUCCUUUAGACAAAAAAUUAAAUAAUAUUUAUCUUAUAAAAAGGCGAGAGAUCGUAAACUAUUUUGAACGUUGUAGGUUUGAAUCCGCUUGUUACUAAAUACGGAUUUUUUAUUAUUUUCUUGGUGUUUUGCAUCAUCAAGUUAUAUAUUUUGAUAUUUUUUAAUAUUGUUCUUAAAAUGGUUUGUUUAUUGUUCACUUUGUAAGUACAUGUAUAUAUGAACUUCAAUUUAAACAAUCAUUAUGAUUUCCACCUUUUACCAUUCGAAGUUUUAAUACAGAUUUGUGCCAUACUUAUGUGAAAUAAUAAAAAUAAUUUCUUUUUGUGUGUUAAGGUUGCACAGGACAAUUGAAUUUUUGUUAUGUGUUUGCAAUGUUAUUGAUUUUCAUGAUGCCAUCACUAUUAAGUGUUGAGAAUUGAGUACCACUCAGUCGGUGCUAGGGGGCUUGAGGGAUGUUGCAUUUGUUCAUUAUCCCUCAUGUACAGACUCAAUCAAACCGAGUCUGCAAUUUUCAUGUAAUUUUGUUCUGAUUCAUGCUUCCGAGCGAACACUUUGUUUCCAGAUUUUUUCCUAUUUCAUACACAUACACACAUAUGACGUUUGAAUGUGUCUAUUAACUUUAAAGGUUCAUCAUGACCAAUAAAGCAAUAUAUUUUCUCAAAAGAUUUUUUAAAUUUUUUAUGUUCUGCAACAUUUUCCGAAAUGGUACUCAUUUUGCUUCUUUUGCUUCUUUUGCAUUUAGUAAACUAUCAGUGAGUAAGUAUUUUGUACAUAAAAAAACGAAAUACAUGUACUACUUCGGUUAAAUCCUUAUGCGAUUAAUUUCACAUUGGAUAGUAUUUCUUUACGCGAUCUUACAGGCUGGAAAUUCAAUAUUAAAAUAUUAUAGAACUAAAGUACAUGUUUGUAUUUUCUUCAGAGGAAAAUUGUAUGAGUAUCAAGAUAAAAUUGAGCCGCGUCACG